UCGUUGAAGCGCGAAGCAAGGAGAAAGGCGUUCGGUCCACGUGGCAGCUGCGGCACGAGCGACCGACACAUGGCUGCGUGCACCACGGCGGCCGUCGCCGGCUCGUCGACGUGGGCCGCUCUUUCCGCCACUACGCGGCGCGAUAGCGAUGCGGCGUCUUGUUCAAGCUGCAGGGCUAGCCUGCCGGCGGCUAGAAGAAGAUGGCCCCUAGCGUGCCGUGCUAGAUCCUCUCUACUCACCUCCUUUGCCCUGCACCUCGGCCGUCGAUCCUUGAGACUGGCGACCCAGAAUGGGUCGUCUUCUUCGUCCUUCAUGCCGUCUUCCACGACCACGUCAGCUUCGGCUAUGGUGGCAGCGGCUUCGACGUCGGCGAUGGUGGAUAGGGAAUUGGGCUUCUGCUCAAAUGGCAGGUCUAGCAGCGGCUGGUCAAAGCUUGUGCCGGCCGAUAGCCAAAGGCCACGUGCUCAUGUUCAUGGUGACGGCUUGGGACAGGUUCGAGUCCUCAGAGAACCGACAAAACAGACCCGCUCCAGGUUUGGAAGAGGUGCGGAAACGGUUCGGAGGCGAGGGGAACAACAGCUCGCCCGCGCUGUACCGCCCUCAGACGAGAACCAGGGGUCAAAUUGGGAAGAGGAGCUUGAUGAAGAGGAUCUACGGACGGGAUUGAAUGAGGUUUCGAACAAGGCCAUCAGGGUGAUGCUGUCUGGGGACAUCCAAGCACUGCAAGAAAUGAAGGAGGAAGUCAAUUCAAUCGGAGAAUACUUAGCCCAGGAAAAACAAUGGGAUGCUGCACGCUUCAUGCUCGUCCUCCUAGGCCUGCUGGAAAAGAAGGUGAUUGACGAAGCUGAUCAACUUGAGGGGAUGUACAAGGAAGCUUUUGAGAAGAUCGGUCAGGUGAUAGAUGACUCAGGUUGGGCGUUGGCGCGGCCAGACAAAGACUUGCCGGGGGAGGCGAUGGACGAUGGGGUGGUGGGGUGGUGGUGGGUUCAAUGAGAUUGGUUAGUGCAACAACUGAUUGAUUCAGUCAAUGGAAUCAAUCGAACUUUGGGAG